GUUAUUAUCCGAACCCGACCCGUACUAAUAAAAUUUUAGUAUGGAACCUAGAAACGUAAACCGAAAACCCCGACCUGAAUGCCAACGGGUACCCGAACGCCCAGGCCUAAUGACAACAGUUCACUUACCUUAUUUUGAAAUUAUCAACAAAUUUAUCAUUAUAAUACUUUGAAAUUGAAGACAUCAAAACUUUUCUUUUAGAAGACAUCACAACUUUAAUUACAUAGUUAUGGGAACUUUCUUCGCAGUUUGGAAUAGUGUCAAUCUCUCUCAACCAUCAUUGGCGAAAGUUAAGAAUCUAUCUGAGCUCUCCUCUCCCCUCUGUUUAAGACCUUUUGGUUUUCUUCUCCAAUGUUGUUUUCAGCAAAUCAUCAGAGAAACAAUAGAGUCUCUGCUACGAGCAAGAACAAGACUCUCAACAAAGUUUCUUCUAUUUCAUCCUCAUCAUCUCCUUCACACCCACAAGACUCUCAAUCCCAAAAGAAAUCUCUAGUCACCAUGGAAGAUGUUUGGAAAGAUAUCAACCUUGGUUCCAUCCACAGCCAACAUCCACGAGGCAACCAUGAGCCAAGGUUCGGGAGCCACAACCACCAUAACCAAAACCCUAACUCUAUCUUCCAAGAUUUUCUCAACAGGCCUUUGAACCAGGAACCAACAAUACCCACCAGCCUCACCAUGAGUUCUUCCUCUAAUGGAGAUACCACCACUGUCACUGCUCUCUUGAGCAGCUCUCCUUUGGAACCUCCUGCAACUGUUCUGAGCUUGAAUUCUGGAGCCGGCUUUGAGUUUCUUGAUAACCAAGAUCCUCUUGUUACCCCUAACUAUAAUCUGCAUAGCCACAAUCACCUCACAAACAUUCCUUCAUUCAACACGUCUUUUGAGGCUCUGGAUACACCGACUUGUUUUGGAAAGAAAAGAGGCCAAGAGUCUAAUGAAGAAGGUUCAGGGAACCGAAGAAAUAAGCGUAUGAUCAAGAACAGAGAAUCUGCUGCUCGUUCAAGAGCUAGGAAACAGGCUUAUACAAACGAGUUAGAGCUUAAAGUUGCUCACCUAAAGGCAGAAAAUGCAAGACUCAUGAGACAACAAGAUCAGGUAAAAAUAGAGGCAGAAAAUCAGCAACCCAAAAAGAACACACUCCAACGGGCUUCCACAGCACCAUUUUGAGAAUUCUACAAGCCCUUAUUUCUCAUUUGGGGAUUGAGAGAAAAAUGGAAAAGUUUGUACCUAUUUUAUUAGCUAUAAGUAUAACUAAGCUAAAUUUGUAGAACCUCAAAAGAUCUUGCAUGGUAAAAAAAGAAAAACCUAUGAAGAGAAAAGGAUCUUUCCAUUUCCUGAGGCACAGGAACACCUGUGGUGGGUCUGGUCUCUCUUCUCUUGUUCUUGUCAUUUUCUUGUUCACUCAUGUACUAACUUCUACUUGUAUUAUUGUAUUAGUGUUACUUUCCUUGUCUAAUGCUAAUUUAAAAAUGUACCGGUUA